UGACGUCACUGCCGGCCGGACGCCAUCUUGCUGGUUUUCGGCUGGGCUUGGAUGUGGCGCCGGCGGUAUUGAGGGCGUGGGGAAGGGUGGAGUGAGGGGGCGAGGCCGCGACGAGGGCGGCGAAACUCUCCUCCCCGCAGCCCCAUCGCGUGGGACGGCGUGAACGUGGUGUCGGAGGGAUGUCCGCCUUCUCUGAGGCGGCGCUGGAGAAGAAGCUGUCGGAGUUGAGCAACUCGCAGCAGAGCGUGCAGACCUUGUCUCUGUGGCUCAUCCACCACCGCAAGCACUCGCGGCCCAUCGUCACCGUGUGGGAGCGGGAGCUGCGUAAAGCCAAACCAAACAGGAAGCUUACUUUUCUCUACCUAGCCAAUGAUGUCAUUCAGAACAGCAAAAGGAAAGGGCCGGAGUUUACAAAAGAUUUUGCACCAGUUAUAGUGGAGGCUUUUAAGCAUGUGUCAAGUGAAACUGAUGAAAGUUGUAAGAAGCACCUUGGAAGAGUUUUAUCUAUUUGGGAAGAAAGGUCCGUUUAUGAAAAUGAUGUGUUAGAACAACUUAAGCAAGCUCUGUAUGGCGAUAAGAAACCUAGGAAGCGAACUUAUGAACAGAUAAAGGUGGAUGAAAAUGAAAACUGUUCCUCCCUAGGAUCUCCAAGUGAACCACCACAGACUCUAGAUCUCGUUAGAGCGUUACAAGAUCUAGAAAAUGCAGCUUCAGGUGAUGCAGCAGUUCAUCAGAGGAUAGCUUCUCUGCCUGUUGAAGUCCAAGAAGUAUCCCUACUAGAUAAAAUAACAGAUAAAGAAUCUGGAGAAAGGCUUUCUAAAAUGGUAGAGGAUGCUUGUAUGUUGCUGGCAGAUUACAAUGGCAGAUUGGCUGCAGAAAUAGAUGAUAGGAAGCAGCUCACUCGAAUGUUAUCAGAUUUUCUUCGUUGUCAAAAGGAAGCCCUUGCAGAGAAAGAGCAUAAAUUGGAAGAAUAUAAGCGCAAAUUAGCCAGAGUUUCCCUGGUACGCAAAGAACUCAGGUCCCGGAUCCAGAGCCUGCCAGACUUAUCUCGAUUGCCCAAUGUCACUGGAAGCCACAUGCACCUGCCUUUUGCGGGGGACAUCUACAGUGAAGACUGAUGACCAGUCUCUUUUCAGAGCUCCAGGACUUUGCAAGAAAUGGAGACAGGUUAGGUGGAUAGUCCUGUAGCAUUAUUUUUGUAUAUUGUUGAGAGAGUGACACUAACAAAAGAAGUGAGUAAUUUAUAAAAUUGUUUAAAAUGUUGGUUUGUUUACUAUUUUAUUGGUAAGUUAACAUGGCUUAGUUUAAACAAUGUGAUGAUCUCUGUGGAUUAAUAAGCUCCAAAUAGUGAUUAUUUUCAAAAGAUCUUUUUGUAAAUUUUUUUGAUCCAGGGCCUUGUGAGAAAUUCCAUGAUUCUAAUUCUUCAUGUGUUUUCGAAUGGUUUUCUUUACUUUCUUCAGUAUCUAAUCACUGUAUGCUAUGUAAUUUAUAAAGGGGAACAACUAAUCAGGAAUGGGUGAGACUUUAUUAUGGUGUAGUUAGGACUUGAUUGUAGAGGGGACUAAAUGUUCUAACUUAAUCUUCACCCUUCUUCCCAAACAAAAUAUCAGUUCUGUGCCUGUCAAUGCCUUUGAUUCCUUAUUCCCUAGAGGUCAGUAAUUUAACACUAAACAUGGAAGUCACUUUGAGGAUUGGAUCAAAGGCUGGCAAGCCUUUUCUACAGUAGCACUGUAGGGAUUCCAUUGCAACUACUAGUGUAGAAAAAAUAGAGUAUUAAAUAGGGACUUCCUUGAUUAAACUGUUUAGAAUUACUUGAGUAGAUUAAUAUGAAAAUGCUUUGGAAAUGUUAAUAAAUUUUGACACUGUACCAAAAGGAUACCUUUGACUCUGGAACUGAUAUGUAUUUGUCAAGUCAGCCUCCUUUUAACAUAAUUGAUCCCUUGAACAUAAGGCCAUCUAUGGGAUUUAAAAUAAUAAUAAUGAUACUUUUAUUACUCCCUUAGCCACAUAGCUUUAAAAACAAUAGUAUUUUUAGCUCUCAAUAGCUCAAGAACAUAAUAUUCAGUAACAUUCAGUAAAGUAGCGUGGAACAUUUUUAAUGCUUCCUCAAGGUUUUUGAAUGACUGUAAGUUUGGAAAUUAAGCAGUGCUACACUACAGGGUAGAUCUAGUAAAUUUUAUAUUUGUAUAUUCAGAAUUACCAAAACACAUGUACUUUUACCUUUUAUUUCUAACCCUGUGUGUUAGAGCAGUUGCAUGCUCUCAUGCUUUCUUUUUAAGGCACAUCAUUAAGCAGUGUUUUUGUAUCCGAUAAUGACUUAGGAUAAAUAUUUUUUUCAUUGUUGCUUUACAUAUUAGACAUUUCUUUUUGUUGUAGGCAGAUUCAACUUAGAAUAGUCAAUGAUACUUCUCCUUUUAAAUCUGAAAACCAACUAUGUGUCACUAGUCUGAAUGGCUUCACUGUUUCUUCCUCAUUACAAGAAGAUACAGUUAAAAUGAAUUUUCAUGUGAAGGAGAAGGUAAACGUUUAUUUUUAAUAGACAGUAGUUCUGGAAACAGUGCUAUUAACAAUUUGGCCUCUCCUCAAAACAGUGGCACAUGUAAGUAGUCUCCAUCUAGAUGUGGGCUAUAUUCUGAAGUUUUUUUACUUAGCUUUCAGGACUCGGAGCACAUUUUCUCACUGAAACAAUAGUAAGUUGCCUGUGGACACUACCACAGAAAGCUCAUCUGGGAACCUAAUCCACUUAUCCAUGAAUUUACUUAACUUAUAAUGUGGUUGACAAAUUGACAAUAGUAGAUCCUGGCCGCCAUUUGUAACGUUGGCCUAAUUAAGGAAAUGACGUGUAGGAGCCAGAUUCACACAUUGGUGUAUCUCAAGUUGGGUUUGCUUGUAUUAUGUAGGUCUGUCCUGAAGUGUAGAAACAGAUGAAAAAGAUACAGCAUGGGAAAGUAACAAAUGCACAAUUAUAAAACCUUUGUAACCUAUUAUAAAAGUAUACCAAGUUAGUCCUUUAUUAAUGUGAAAACAAAAUUUGUUACUAUGUCAACUUAUUUUCAACAUCUUGACCUUAUUUAUGAUUUGCUAAAGUGGCGACUUAUCCAUUCAAAAUACUUUUUUCCUUUUAAAACUAAUUUGUAAGCUGUAUACUCCUGGGGAGAUUUGAAAUCUAUUAGGAGUUUAUUGAAAUAUUUUCACUGUUUAAGGCAGACUUCUGACUUAGAUACUGAUUUUAAUGCCAGUAUCUGCUCUAAAUAUUUAUGAUAAAAAUGCAUUAUUUUUUUAAAGAGCUUGAUGGGUUUUGUGAUAAAGUGAUAGUACUCAAGAACCUGAAACCCACCCUCAGUCCCACCCCAUGACUGAUAUUCCACUAACUAUAAAUAACAGACAGUGUGGUCUAGUUUAAAAGUCAUGUUUUCAGCCUUAUAAUCGUUAACAUGGUAAGCCUUAGCAGUAAGUAGUCUUCAUUCCUAAAAGGAAGACUAUACUUUCUCAUGAAAUAGGAUUAAAUCAUGAGCAUUUUCUCUCUUGUGUACCUGAGGCAAAUCAUGCAUCUUGAGUGCAAUUUGGCCUGGCUCUUCAAGACAAAAGCUUGUCACCAAACUUGCAGUAGAGGUACUGUGGUUUGAUGGUUAUCAUCACUCUUCCUCCACAAACCGUGCAGAGAGCUUUCUGGAGUGGCAGUUUGAGCAGAUUGUCUGGUGCUCUCUUUGCUCCUUCCAUCACUACAGUAAGUAAAAGAACCACGUGGGGAAACCCAGGAGUCUGAGAAGAUCAGCUGUACUCUAGCCAGCCUCUUCUUCUAGGAAAACCACUCCAGAUGCAGCUGUUUUGGUACCACUUCUCACAUGCACUCUGAGUCAGGGUUUUUCUAUAAGAAAUCCUUCAUAAUCAGCAAAAGCUGUGCUGCCCUGAUCAUCUUGAUUUACAAAAUUGAAGGAACAAAACUAGGCUGUCAGUUGUCACUGUAGAUGAGCAAUUCACCUGUUAACGUAUAGUCAGUGAACUGUUCUGAGAAAACUUUAGAGAGAAAAUACUCAAAAGUACAAAUGAAUUAAUUGGGAAAGUUAAAAUGUUCUUUCUGAAGUUUCCUUUCUAAAAAAUUAGCGUUAUGUGAAAUAACAUGAAACUACUAAACUGCUUUGUAUUCUAUUAAGAAGUAGCUCCUAAAGAUGUCUUGUUUCAUAGUUGUUGCACUAUAUCAAAGCUUCUUAAAGUGUAAACCCAGUUCUUCUCUGUGUAGAAAGGGAACAUCGUGUUACUGAAUUUAUUUAUACAAGCAUUUGUUGCCAAGUAUAAUUCCAGCCAUCCAUACAAGUGUGUUCUGAAGUGGCAGUAGCACACGGGAAGAUGAAGUCUCUGUUUGUUUACCCCUUUUUCUUUGGCUGUAUCUGAUGACAGUAUAAGAUGUUCUUAAUAAAGUUUUAUGUUCUUUUUGAAAUGUGUAGGUUAUUUUUGCGAAUCUGAUUAAUUGGCUGUGGGGUGGAGAGGGGAAAGAUUAAUGGACUGGAAGGGAAGCAAAGUACUGGCAGUAUUCAGCAUCCUUACAGUAGAGAAACUGCUGAAGGAGAUUCCUGUUGCUUGGCUGGUGAUUCCCAAACUUGAGCAAGCAUGGUUGUCACCUGGACGGCUUAUUAAAAUACAGAUUGCGGGGCCCGAUUCUCAGAACUUCUGAUACAGUAGGUCUGGCUGGGGUCAGGCCAGACAGUUUGCAUUUCUAACACAUUGAUGCUGAUGCCACUGGAUUUAGGGACCACAUUUUGACAACCACUACUCUAGACUAUGAAGUCCAUGGCUUGCUUCACAGUAUAAAAUAUUUAAGCCAUUCUAGGUAAUAAGGUAAUAAAGUAUGGAUUUUACAGUUCAUUAUAUAGUAAGUUUCUUACGGGCAGAGAACAAGACAGCAUCUUAUUUUAUGACCUAUUGCUCAGUAGUGCUUAAGUGCUUUCGAGUAAACAAAUUUACUUGGUACCUUGAACUUCUGGAGCAUGAGUCCUGUCGCCACACCUUGAAUUUAAAACAAAAUUGGGGAGUACUAGAAAUCCAUGGUAACCUCUAGGACAGUGUUUGCCAAACUGCUUUGAUAAAACUCACUUGGAGUAUUUGCAAGAAGGGCAUAUAUCUACUGAGUCACAAGUUCCUGUCAUCCAGGUGAUUCUUAUCUAGAAAGUUUGGGAGAUAGUCCUCUGGUCAUUGCCCUUUGUUUUCCAGUCCUGGGUGGCAUUUGAACAUUUUAUCUGAACUCAGGUGUUUCCCAUCCCCAUCCCACUUUUACCCUCUCUGCACUAGUAGGCUUUGUACAGUGUGUGAGAAGCCUCAAGAUUGUUCGUUAGAACAGAUUCUUGGAUCCUAUGUCCAGAGAUUCUAUUUUAGAACAUUUGGGAUAGAUUCAGAAAUCUGCAUUUUAAACAAGCUAGCCAGAUGAUUCUGAUGGACUGCACUUUGAAAAACAAUGCCCUACAAAGCAAAUUAUAAUCUAUAACAUAUAAUGGAGCUAACACACAUACAGUACUUACUGUGCACCAGGAGCUGUUAUAGCACUUCACAUGUCCUUUGUGACAGGUACUCUGAUUAUUUCAAUUUUACAUGUGGGAAAACUGAGACACAGUGUUAAGUACUGUGUGUGACCCUGAACAAGUCAAAUGGUCAUACUGGGAUUCAGACCCAGGCAAUUUGGCUCCUGACCCUGUGCUCCAUAAUCACUACUUGAUGCUGCCUCUUAAUAUUGAUAUGUUGUGCAGAGCCUCUUCUGUCACCAAGUCCACCUUUUGUAUAACGUCAGGUUAUAGUAAAAUAACAUGCAAAUAUUCAAAUUCAAAAGCAAGGUCUUAGCUAGAUAAGCACUACUUAUGGAAAAAUGUUACAGUGAAUUGUUCUUUCAAAGCAAUUGCUUGUAUUCACAUAACAGCAGAGUUAAAAUGAGCUAUUGAUAGAGAUAUUCUAGACAACAUUUAAUGAGUACUACUGUGUUUAAGGCAUGGUGUUAAGGCUUUUGAUGGUAUACAGAGAUUACUCACCUGCGUUUUUGUUCUCAAAGAGUUUACAUCUCAUGGGAGUGGAAUACAGUGACAAUUUUUAGAAUUUAUAAACUAGCCUAUUUCUUCUAAGCCAGUGGUUCCUUAGGCCAGCAGCAGGGAACUUGUUAGAAGUAUAAAUUCUCAGACCCCAAACCUACUGAAUCAGAAAUUCUGGGGGCGGGGACCAGCAGUAUGUCUUUUUAACAAGUUCUGUAGGUAAUUCUGAUUCACAUGUAAGUUUUUGGUCUGUUCUAGGCAUCACAGUUGCAGGCAUCCAAUACUUUACCUCCAGUAGAUGUCUUCUCAUGUGUGGGAAACCUUUAGAGGGAGUGAAAGAACUUGGUCCAGCUGAAGCAAUUAUAAUAGGGUGCCUUUCUGAUAAGCCAAGAAAUGCUUUUCAUUUGCCUUAUGUCAUCUAUUAUAAACCUUAUGCCCUGCACCCUGAGAAGUUCUUCCAUAUUUUCUUAAUUCAUUUCAUUGCCUAGUACAUGUCUCAUAAUUCUUCUGAGAAUGGUAGAGUGAAAGAGGAAUGGAAAUGCAGUUCGGACCAUCAUCUGCAUUACUGAAAGACUCAUUAUCACUUGGUAUAAUUAUACUACCAGAGAUUAAGCCAUUUUAAUUGUGAAUUUCAUGUGAUUUGUUGCUGGUUUUUUAAUGAUAUAAAAAACAUUUUUAUCAUCAAAAAAUUGAUGGGAACUAGAUUUUGCUCUUUUUGAUAGAUUAUUGACUAAAGUAGAAUGUACAGUGAAUUUUAGAAUUACACACAUCACAUUUGAAUUUCAUGCCUUAUGGAAAGGUACAAAAUUAAAAAUUUUGAUUAAAUGAAAUUGUUAUUCACAGCCAUUAGCUUAUUCAGUUAUAGCUAUAAAAAUACAGUUGUUUAGCUGUCGUUUGGUUAGUUAUAUCUGUUUUUAUAAAGUCGGAUUUGUUUGUUCUGUCAAGAAUAUUUCAUUUUACUUAUGAAAGUACAAGUUAAAUGAAAGAAGUUUGAAAAGAUUUAAAUCAUGCAUUAGUAUAUGGCUUUUUCAAAAUACUAGUAUUGAUCUAUUGUCUUUUCUCAGCUCUUGAUAUUUAAGAUAUAAAAUCUUGUGUUUUUACCAGCUGAGUGCUCAUGAUGCUAUCUUACUCUUUUUAAGAUCUCUUGUGUGUAAUUUAGUUAAACUGCUGUAAGGUGGGAAAUGGUGCAUUGCUUGCGGUUUUGUGAUUUGGGCAUCCAGCUUGCAGCUGGAGUGUGCUUAACUGAGGGAAAUUAAACUGUAUUUUCAUUCUUCUUUCAAGCUGGUGUUUGGGCUCUGCAGGACCACAGACUAGCUUCAUGUCCAGUUCCUUGUAACUUUAUCUAGCAGAUACCCAGGAACGCCCUAGUUAAAGGCAAAAUGUCAUUGGUGCUUAGUAUUCUCCCUGCUUGAGUUGCUGGUCUCUCCAUGUUUUUUGCUAGCAGAAGGAAGACAGGAACUUCUAGUUCCUUUCUCUUUGCUUUAUUGCUUUUAUAUAUGCAUUGAUGGGACCAGAGCAAUUAUACAGUUGCAGUAAAAUUUUACGUUAACAGCAUAAAGCGCUGUCUGUUCCACGUGGGCCUAAUUUACUCCAUUAGGAACAAAUGGGAAGCUAAUUGCUAGUGACUGAGCCUAUUGGUUGAUUAAAAUGUAACUUUCUCUUAACCAGCAGUUUUUGCAACAUGGCAUAGAGCUUCGAGUUAGAAAAACCUUAUUUUUAAAGGACUCAUAUCUCUUUUAAAGCAUGUCACUUUGAAAAAAUAUUUAAGUAGAGAAAUAUAGAGAAAGUGUUUUCACUAUGAAUUUUUAAAAAAGAAAACCUCUAUGUUAUUUAAAUUUGUUUGAAAAUCCUUGUAGUUUUACAGUGAAACAGUUGCUAAUGAAGAUACCCCAGGGAAGCAGGUAUGCAAUUUUAUUUUCAAAUGUUAUUUAAUCACAGCCCUAUGUUAAAUAAAAUAUUCACAAGAUAUAUUUUUGGCAGCUAAUAAUAACCUGGAAGCUCUGGUGGUGCAGUAGGUAAGAGCUCGGCUGCUAACCAAAAGGUGGGCAGUUGGAAUCCACCAGGCGCUCCUUGGAAACCCUGUGGAGCAGUUCUACUCUGUCCUUUAGGGUCGCUAUGAGUCGGAAUCGACUUGAUGGCACACAACAACGACAACAACAGUAAUAACCUUCGAAUACUAUAAUGAGUUUAGACAGAAUGAGAGGAUUUCCUAAGUGCUUAUUUUCUGUCAUUUUAUAAUUCUAAAUAGUUACCUUUAUUCUAGAAUGUUAGAGCCAUUAUUAAACAUCAUAUGGUUAAAAUACUCCUCUUUCAUUUCUGUUUUUGAACUUUGAUUUGGUUUCCAUCCUUGUUAUCUUAAUACUCCAUGUGUUGCAUGGAUAUAGAUAGCAUCCUGUAAGCACUUUAUAACUUCUUUGUACUAUGCUAGAAACCUCAUUUGUUAUUAAAAUGCAAUGUUAGAGGAAUAUAGACGUCACUGUAUGCUACUUAAUGAAAUUGUAAUUUGUGUUUUAUGUCCUUUAAGAAUGCUUCUGCACAAUUUACUUCAUUUUGUAAAGGAUAAAAUUGAAAAAUGGCUUCAGUAAUUGUUUGCAGAGGUCUUCAGACUAAAAGAUAAAAUAUUUUACUCCCUAGACAGACAUGCCAUCUAGAGUUAUCAACAAGAGCCUGCAAAGUUUGUUCUCAACUCAAAAUUCUAUCAUCUUCUGAUCUUGGAAAAUAGUGUAUCAAAGAACUCUGCAAGUAUUCAGUAUGUCUCAACUCCUACCACAUUCCUUUUAGAGCAGGGAUGACAAGUAUAUGUCAUACCUGCCCUUUUUUUCAUAAGUUUCUCUGACUCUUGCUUAUGACAUAUAUUACUAAUUCUGUGAAGCCUGAAUGUGGCCUCCAGGCAGCCACCACCAGUUAGAAUAGGAAUGAAAUACAUUGCUGUCCAGGUGAAAAGCUUGAUGGGUUGCUUGAAGUUUCAAAAAUUGUGCCAACUGAACUAUACUGACCAAUAAGAGGAAUGUGUUCUCAGAAUUGGUAGUUUCCCAAGGAUACCCCUUCCAAAAACUCUUCCUCAGCUUGGCGCAGUGGUUAAAGCACUUGGCUGCUAACUGAAAGGUCAGCAGUUCAAGCCCACCAGCUGCUCCGCAGGAAAAAGAUGUGGCAGUCUGCUUUCGUAAAGAUUUACAGCCUUG